CUUUAUGACCACUCAAAAUGUAAAACGUUUUCAACACUUUUAUUCCGACUGGUGAAUGUUAUCUGUAGUUAUAAGUUAAAUUGUCUCUUCUGUCUACCUACCGAAAAAGCCGUGUUCUAUUAGGCAGUUUGUAUAGACAUGCUACGAAAAUUUUAAAAUUUAAAAAUUUUCAAAAAUAACAUAUAGAAUAACUGAUUUAAGGUUCUCGUCACAGGUUCUGAGAUAAUAGUGAAAUUAAAAAUCCAGUGGACGAAAACCCAAAACAUGUAUUCCAAAAUGUAUUUUCUCAUAACGUUGAUUAUGUUAAGUAGUCUCAACCACAUCAUGGGCGCUUUGGACUCUGAUACAUCUGAUCAAGGGGGAGAUGAUAAGUUCUCUGCAUUUCAUAAAUUAUGUUCGUUGGUAAGAUGGUUGAAAAGUUUUUACUUGAAAAUUAGAUAUAUUUUAGGCGUUUCUUGUUCUACACAGUCAGAUCAAGACUUUCAGCCAACAAUUUUCCAUGUAAAAGGAACACACCAUAGUAUUGGAGUACAAAUUGGACAAAAAUUCAAGACAAUGAUUAAAGAUUUCUUGGCAUCUUACACGUCUUUGCCGGCUUAUUUGAAAGCCUACAAUACACCCGAAGGAAGAGCAAUUUACGACGAUUCGUUAACGUCGUCAAUGAAAUACUUUCCACAGUAUGUGCGAGAGCUACAAGGCAUGGCUUCAGGCGCCGAUGUCGAAUUUCACGUGCUAUUCUUAGUGCUAUUGGAUGACACGCUGACAAUGAACAUGCCGAAUGCUACCCCUAAAGACGCUGGACCAGUCGGAUGCACUUCAAUUCUUGUAAAUCAGGAAGAAUUUCAGGCUUUGGGACACAACGAAGACGCUUUGAAGGAAACCAGUGGCCAUUAUUAUAUAAUAUCAGCUAAUGUGAAAGCCGCAGAUGAUGAAAAGGGUGGGACAUUCAAGCCUAGAGAUGAAAAUUGGAAAGCGGUCGUUUAUGCGGCAUCAUUGCCUGGAUAUGCAAGUGGUGUCAACGCAAAUGGAGUGGCAUAUUCAAUUAACACGAUUUUUGCUAGCAAACAACCCAGAAGAAAAAUACCUCGAGGAAUGAUAACGAGAGCAUUGCUCUCAGCCAAAGCUGACCUGAACGACAUCAUUGAAAUUCUAACCAACGAUAGGUGUGUACGGGGUGACUCGUGCGGCACGGCCGAUGCGUUCAACGUGAACUUGGGGUUUUUCGAUCCGGAGUUGACGGGUGGCAAAAGAAUCUUCUACAAUCUGGAAGUCACCCCGGACAAAGACAACGCAAGAUCGAUAGUUUCCCUGGCAACUAUAUCGGCUGGACACAACGGGCUUCACAUCAACAAACUACUGUAUUCGGGAUACGCGGAAAUACCUGAUCACAGCGGUGUGAUAAGCAGUGUGGCGAAGACCAAACGUUACCGUCAAUUGACCAAAGACAAUCCUAUCACUGACAUGGAUGGAGUGCUCCGAGUUCUUGGCGAUACCGAUCCGACUACUGAAUGGCAGAUAUUCAGGAGCAGGCCUGGCGAUUUUGUUUACACCAUUCACACGGGUGUUAUUGAUUUCACCAAAAAAAUAUGGUACAUAUGGCCGAAAAAUCCUCGUGCCGAAAACGUUACACCUAUCGAGAUACGGCUCACCUUCGAUGACCAGAAUUAAAAUUAAAUUUAGAUUAGUUAUCACAAUAAAUGUCAAUAAUUAUACUAUAGAUAAGCUUUCGUUGAAUUCAAAGUGUUCUUAAAUUGUUUACAUUUUUAACAGUUGUAAAACAAAACAAUUUUUUACAGUUAAAACCUAUGGUUGGUCUAAUCUAAACAACACAGAAUUUUAAUCAUACAACAAAUCAUAUCGAAGAGACUUGUUGUGAUUGAAUUUAUCGUUGUCAUAUUAGAUUUAAACAGUUAAAUUUCCCUACUAAAUUAUAAUAUAUAUAUAUAUUAUAUAU